CUCCGAGGGGGCGGGGCCGAGCGCAGCGGGCUCAGCAUGGCGGCGGGAGCGGCCGCCCGGCGGGACCCGGGACCCGGCGCCGCGGGGGAGAAGCAGAUCCUAUGCGUGGGGCUGGUGUGCCUGGACAUCAUCAGCGUGGUGCGGGCCUACCCCGCCGAGGACUCCGACACCAGGUGCGUGUCGCAGCGGUGGCAGCGGGGCGGGAACGCCUCCAACUCCUGCACGGUGCUGGCGCUGCUGGGAGCCCCCUGCGCCUUCAUGGGCUCGCUGGCCCCCGGGCAUGCAGCCGACUUCGUCCUGGCCGACCUGCGGCAUCACGGGGUGGACGUGAGCCACACGGUGUGGCAGCCCAUCGGCAGCAUGCCCACCUCCAUCGUCAUCGCCAGCUCCAGCCGCGGCACCCGCACCAUCCUGCACGCCCACGGGAACUUGCCCGACGUGACGGCCCGUGACUUCGAGCGGGUUGACCUCUCCCAGUACAAGUGGAUCCACUGGGAGGCCCGGAAUGCGGCGGAGCAGGCGGCGAUGAUACGGCGGGUGGAGCAGCACAACCAGGCCCGGCCGCCGGGUGAGCGGGUCGGCAUCUCGGUGGAGGUGGAGAAACCACGGGAGGAGCUGCUGCCGCUGAUGAGCCUGGGCCAUGUGGUGUUCAUCAGCAAGGAUGUGGCCCAGCACUUUGGGUACCAGUCGGCCCCUGAGGCGCUGCAGGGGCUGCGUGGCCGCGUGCAGCCGGGGGCGACACUGAUCUGUGCCUGGGCCGAGGCGGGGGCUGAUGCUAUGGGGCCCAACGGGGAGCUGGUGCACUCAGACGCCUUCCCCCCGGAGACCCUCAUGGACACACUGGGUGCCGGCGACACCUUCAAUGCCGCCGUCAUCUUCGCGCUCUCGGCAGGGAGGAGCCUGCAGGACGCCCUCACCUUCGGCUGCCAGAUCGCGGGCAGGAAAUGUGGGAUCCAGGGCUUCGACGGCAUCGUCUGAGCUGGGCGCCCUGUGCCAGGAGCCCCCCUGCCCCAGCCCUGGGGGACGCUGUCCCCCCCACUGCACCCAGCACCCCCCAACCCUGCUGCCAAUAAAGCCCCUCGCUGUGCCACCA